GUGAUUUUUGUCAGUGUGAGAUGAAAAUGAGGAAGACGAUGAUGAUGCGCGCGCGGUCCACCCACGCAGGAUCACUCCUGCCUCGCGCGCUGCGCGUCUGAUCCUCGCGCUCAAUUUCACAUUUCUGUUCGAUGAUGAAGAUGACCAUGUAGGAGUAACGGGAUGAAGAUCGCAUCGAUCACAUCUUUAACAUGACAAACCGCCGCGCGCGCUUCUUUUGCAUUUGCCGCGGAGCGAACGAUGAGCGCCAGCGGGAAUCCGCGUGUUACCCUGGAAACGGCAGCGGGGCGCCGGAGACUCGAGCGAGCGCAGGCCGAGCAGAGUGAAGCGACAGGCGGACUCAAGCGAGGGGAAGAGCCGCUGCGGAACGCGGAGCUCCGGGGGGAAAUUCACACACCUGCGUUUGUUUCAUUAGUUUAACUGGAGAUGAGGUUUUAAUUGUGCGUUCAUUAUGCAUGAAAUUAUCCAUGAAAUAUUCAUGAUAUUUAGAAAGGAAUUAAUUGCUGUUUUACUCUUUUAUAUAAGCCAAUUAUGAAGGUGUGCAGUGCACACUGUAAACUCCACUGCAUCAGUCGCGCGUAUGAUGGAAUAAGAGAGAAUUGUGCAGUGACAGUGCUGCAGGACACUGUGAAACACUGAUCUGAGGACAGUGAGAAUGACAAACACUGAUGAUGGAGCAAUAGAUUAAGUGUCUCACUGGAGGGACAUACUGAAGAUUCUCAGCAGGUUUCAGCACUGGACAGAGACACACAGAGAAAGACGCCUCCGGUCUCUCUUCUUUGAGCACGCUCGUGCUCGCAGGAAGAGCUUUGCCACGUCGCGGCAGAGAAGCAUGGAAACUCCGCCCACUGCACCUACCCAGCCAUUCCGACAACCUAGUUUUCUUAGUCGCCGUCUGAAAGGUUCGAUUAAACGAGCAAAGAGUCAACCCAAACUCGACCGCACAGGAAGCUUCCGCCACAUGAUCCUCCCACGAUUCCGCAGUGCUGACCAGGAGAGGACGCGUCUGAUGCAGAGUUUUAAGGAGUCUCACUCGCACGAGUCUCUGCUCUCUCCGAGUAGCGCGGCCGAGGCGCUCGAUCUCACGCUGGACGAGGAUGCCAUCAUUAAACCCGUCCACUCCAGCAUCCUCGGCCAGGAGUACUGCUUCGAGGUGACGACAGCAUUAGGCACGAAGUGUUUUGCGUGUCGUUCUGCGGCAGAGAGAGACAAAUGGAUCGAGAAUCUGCAGCGGGCCGUGAAGCCGAACAAGGAUAACAGCCGUCGUGUUGAUAAUGUGCUCAAGCUGUGGAUUAUUGAAGCGCGAGACCUUCCAACUAAAAAGCGCUACUACUGCGAGCUGUGUCUGGACGACAUGCUGUACGCUCGAACCACCAGCAAACCGCGAACGGACACGGUGUUCUGGGGGGAACACUUUGAGUUUAAUAACCUCCCCGCUAUCCGCAGCCUCAGAUUACACCUGUACAAGGAAACCGACAAGAAGAGACGAAAGGAGAAGAGCACAUAUCUGGGUCUGGUUAGCGUCCCUAUCUCCAGUAUAACGGGUCGUCAGUUUGUGGAGCAGUGGUAUCCCGUCAUCCAGCCCAGCGUUCUGGCGAAAGGGGGCGGAGUCGGCAGCGGAAAGAUCAUCAACGCAUCGCUGCGGCUCAAAUCUCGCUAUCAGACGAUGAACAUCCUGCCGAUGGAGCUGUAUAAGGAGUUCGCUGAGUGCGUCACCAACAAUUACCGCACAUUGUGUGGCGUUCUGGAGCCGCUGUUGAGCGUGAAGAGUAAAGAGGAAGUGGCGUGUGCGCUGGUACACAUCCUACAGAGCACUGGGAAAGCCAAGGACUUCCUGUCUGAUAUGGCCAUGAGUGAGGUGGAUCGAUUCAUGGACCGCGAGCAUCUGAUCUUCAGAGAGAACACACUGGCCACUAAAGCCAUCGAAGAGUUCCUGAAGCUCAUCGCUCACCGAUAUCUGAAAGACACCAUCGGUGAGUUCAUCCGUGCGCUGUACGAGUCCGAGGAGAACUGUGAGGUGGAUCCCAUGCGAACGCCCCCGUCUGUGCUGGCGGAUCAUCAGGCUAAUCUACGCAUGUGCUGCGAGCUCGCGCUCUGCAAGAUCAUCAACUCUCAUUGUGUGUUUCCACGGGAACUGAAGGAGGUGUUUGCAUCGUGGCGUGUGCGUUGCGCCGAACGUGGCCGUGAGGACAUCGCAGACCAUCUCAUCAGCUCGUCUCUCUUCCUGCGCUUCCUGUGUCCAGCGAUAAUGUCUCCAUCUCUGUUUAAUCUGACGCAGGAAUAUCCAUCCGAGCGCACCUCACGAACUCUCACGCUCAUCGCCAAGGUGGUGCAGAGCCUCGCCAGCUUCUCAAAGUUCAGUGGUAAAGAGGAUUAUCUGGGCUUCAUGAAUGAGUUUCUGGAGAUGGAGUGGGGCUCAAUGCAGCAGUUCCUGUAUGAAAUCUCUAAUCUGGAGUGUGUGAGUAACGCCGGGGCGUUUGAGGGUUAUAUCGACCUCGGCCGAGAGCUGUCCAUCCUGCACAGUUUACUCUGGGAGGUGAUGGCCCAGCUCAGUAAGGAUGCCAUACUGAAACUGGGGCCGUUGCCGCGGUUACUGAAUGACAUCAGCGUGGCGUUGCGGAACCCUCAGCUGCACCGUCAGGCGAGUCACCAGCCGCCCGAACGCCACCUUUCACGCCCUGCAUUCACCCGCCUCGCCACCAAUGACUUCCAGAGCCUCAUGAUGAGAGACCUCAACAGCUCUAUAGAUAUCUCUCGUCUGCCGUCUCCUACGGCGGGUUUGUCCGGCAGUGGCGUUCUGUCUCACCCUGGGAUGGCUGCAUUCUCCGAGCGUGAUCUCCGUGGCAACAAAGAUGUGUUCUACGUGACACGCCCUCCUCUGGCACGCUCAAGCCCCGCCUACUGCACAAGCAGCUCUGACAUCACCGAACCUGACCCGAAGGUUCUCAGUGUGAAUAAGAGCGUGUCUAUGAUGGAUCUUCAGGAUUCACGCAUUAACAGCGUGUCAAAUCUGCACUCUGUCAAUGACCUGCUGAACUCGUCUCAGGGCUCUCUCGCCGGACUGGGCGGGUACGGUCCACUAGGCGGUGCCCCUCUCAGGGCCGGAGGUCGUGUGUCAGCGGGGUCGGGGGGGUCGAGUAUGUCGGGCGGUUUACGUCUGACGAUGGAUUCGCUCUCGCAGCAGCAGCAACAGCAGGCUGCCGCGAUGCAUGUGCCGUUAUCCUUCCAGAAUCCUCUGUUCCACCUGGCGUCUGAUGGGCCACAGUACCACACCCCUCCACACGUGCCCGCCACGGCCCCGCCCCCACUCCUGCUUGCCCCAGAGCCUGAGAAUGGACACGUUGGCUUCGGCGCGCCGACGUUCGGUCACAGCGGCUUCUCUCGCAGCGAGGAUCUGUCGGCUCUGCGCUCACAGAACAGUCUGGUGCAGCCAAACAUCGUCCACUCGCACAGCUACAGUGACGAUUUCACACGCCAUAAUCAGGCCGACUACGCCCGCAGACAGCUCUCGCUGCAGGUGCAGGAGAAUCUUCAGCAGCAGGUUUUAAUGGGCAUGGCCCCACAGACAUCGACUGGCACCGGCACGCCUGCUUCUCUGGCCACUCCCCCUACCACCAUUCAUCCUGUCCGUCAGUCCUCCAUGGCUCCGCCUCCUCCUCAGCGUGCAAAGCCUCAGCCUUCUCACCAGCUGUCUGUCAGCUCAGCCGCUAACUCCACGCCCCCCAAGACCCGACCUCAGAGCGGGAACCUCCUCCAAUCACCCGAGUCAAGUUUUGGGGCGAGGCAGUUGCCGCGACAGCAGCUGUCGGUGAAGGAUAGCCCCGCCCCCGGGCUGCCGCAUCAGUCCAGCACAGCAAGUGAGAAUGCCACACCACAGGGGGGCACUAGUGAGAGCGCAGAAAACACCCCUAGCAACCAACCCACUCAACAAAAUAACCAACAGCAAUUACUUAAACCAACCGGGAACAAACAGGGCUCGAAGUCUCCCUCCACGCUGAACACCCCCACAGCUGCAUCCGAGCGUACGGUGGCCUGGGUGUCCAACAUGCCGCACCUGUCUGCAGACAUCGAGAGCUUGCGUGUGGGUCGUGAGGAUUUCAAACUGAAGGAACACUCCAAGAGUAUGGACGAGUCUCGUCUGGACCGGGUGCGCGAGUACGAGGAGGAGAUUCACUCACUGAAGGAGCGCUUGAUGAUGUCACAUCGUAAACUGGAGGAGUAUGAGCGCCGGCUGCAUUCGCAGGAACAACAGACGAGUAAAAUUCUGCUGCAGUAUCAGAGUCGGCUGGAUGACAGCGAGCGACUCCUGCGACAACAACAGAUGGAGAAAGACUCGCAGAUCAAAGGAAUCAUCAACAGGUUGAUGGCUGUAGAGGAUGAGUUGAGAGGAAGUGGAAUGCCUGACCUGAAAACCAGAAUAUUCACAGAACAGCCCAUCUACGGUGCUCACUCUGGAACAUGAUUGGCCGGUGCAGGACUAGUGGACAUGUGAUUGGUUGAAUAUCAAACCUGGAAUAUCUGUUGAUUGGCUGAGAGAGAAGAGAAAUGCGGAUCCUGAGAAUGAAGAAUAACUCUAUAAUCUCUCUCUCUCUCACACACACACACACAAACACACACACACUGGAAAUAUAUAUAUAUAUAUAUAUAUAUAUAUAUAUAUAUAUAUAUAUAUAUAUAUGUAUAUAAUUGAUAUAUAUAUAUAAUUAUAUAUUCAUCAGGUGUCUCUCUCUCCUGCUGUCUCUCUCUCUUUUCUCCUGAAAUUUUGAGCCAAAUGAACGACAAUCAGCACCUUUGAGGCCAAUACAACCACAUCGAUAGCACAACGAAAACCGACAGACAGACAGCACGAGUUUGACAUUUAUUAUCCUCCUCUUAUUAUCCUAAAGAGCUCCAAUGAGAACAGGGCAAAAAAAGACUUGGACACUCCGUUUAUUUCAUGAUCUCAAGUUUUAAUCAUCUAUGAGAGAGAAGUUCACGUAACGCUUUGGGUGGUUUCACUGCAUUUCCUGCGUCUAAUGCCACACAGAUGACCAGGAGAGUCUCGGAAUGAAGAACCGAAGAGUUUCUGGUUGUAGAAACGAAGAUGCGACGCUUGUGCGUGUGAUAAAAUGUUCUUGGUUUGCUGUAGUGAGUUCUCACUGUUGGCAUUAGUUGUGUGGAACAGAUAUCAGGUGACUUUGAGAUUAUUUUGGGAAUGAAAGAUGUUUUUGUUUUGUGUGUUUGUAAGAAAACACGUUAACGAAACGUUUUAAAGGUGAAGUGUGUAAUUUCUGCACUACUAGGCGUACCAAACAAAAUUGCAGUCAAAAUUACUAUUUCAAAACAGGUUUCCUGAACAUUCGCCAAGCGGUCAUUGGUCAGACAAACGGGUAGUCCCGCCCCAAACUCACCCCAUUGGUUGAGUCAGAAGUUGACAUGUUGGACUGCUUCAACAAACAGAGCAAUGCUUUGAAAGCACCACAGUGUUUACACUCUUCAGGAAGUCAAACCAUCAAUGUCUUGUCAAAACUGACCCUAUUUACUUUCUUUAAGAAAUAUUGCAGGUUGGGUGCCUGGGUAUCUCAGCGAGUAUUGACGCGGACUAUCACACCUGGAGUCGUGAGUUCGAAUCCAGGGCGUGCUGAGUGACUCCAGCCAGGUCUCCUAAGCAACCAAAUUGGCCCGGUUGCUAGGGAGGGUAGAGUCACAUGGGGUAACCUCCUCAUGGUCGCUAUAAUGUGAUUCUCGCUCUCGGUGGGGUGUGUGGUGAGUUGUGCGUGGAUGCCGCGGAGAAUAGCAUGAAGCCUCCACACCCGCUAUGUCUCCACGGUAACGCGCUCAACAAGUCACGUGAUAAGAUGCGCGGAUUGACGGUCUCAGACGCGGAGGCAACUGAGAUUUUUUCUCUUGCUGCUUCAAUCAGAAAUAUGUCAUAUUAUGGAAGUAAAAUGGUUUGUCAUGUUGAUGUUGCGUUAAAAAAUUACACAUUUCACCUUUAACGAAUAGAUGAUUUAACAGAGAGAAAGGAAAGAUUUGACUAAAACUAAACAAGUAUUUAUCAAUCUUAUAUUCUAAUAAAGCAACAAAUAAUCCAUACACACAUUUACACACACACUGAUUUGCUUUUUUUUUCUGGGGUUGGCUGCUGAUUUCUGUACAUAGAGUCCAGAUUUACUGAUUGAAAGUUUCAUUUUUAGCCAGUUCAGUUUUUCUCUUUUUCUCGAUGUUUGGUGGAUGAUUCUCAUAUACGCCAGUAGCUGCUCUGCUGGGGAUUAAGUCAUUUACUUUUGUGUUUAUUUUCUGUUGAAAGUAUUAAUUUUGUCUGCAUUUGGGGUAACGAUAGUUCUGAAAAAAUAAUGAGUAUUGUUUCUGUGCCUACGGUUCCUAUAGAGAACUCUGCAGUCCUGAUUUUGAGAGACUCGAAGGAGCUUCGCCGAAUUAUUCUUUUUCAAUACGUCAUUUCUCACAACGUUUUGGCACACUUUUCUGAUAAUAUACAGCCAUUUUAAGUGUAUAGGGGUCAAUUAUGCUGAGACAGAUCGUGAUGGUGUAUGUUUUCCCCAUUGUGUAGCACUCUAGUUCUUACUGAGUUUCUGUCUUAAAUUCAUGAUGAAAUGGUCCUUACAACGGGACCCACCUGCCAGUUUAGCCAUAGACACGGACAAGCCAUAGCAUUGCCCCGUCCCUCCAAUCCGAUCCAGGAGUGAUGUGUAUAUAUAUAUAUUUAUAGAUUUACCCAUGGAAAUAUUCUGGAAUGCUGGAGAGAUUAGCUGAUUCUAGAGUGGAGCAUCUCUGCAUAUGGAGUGAUGUUUUGAAUGUUCAUAUUAUUAUCAUAAAGAUAUUAUAUUCAAAUAAGAUUAUUGUAAUUAUGAGCUUCAUUUUAUUGACGAUGAUUGAUGAACAGAUAUGUCUUUCUUUUUGUGAAUAAGGAGAAGUUUACAUUUUUCUGGGGAAAUAUUACAAAUCUUUAAAUAUUUCAACAAAUAAAUAAAUAUAUACAUGCUUAA